AUGCUGGGAUCUUUUCUUCCGAGGGUUCUUCUGAUGGUGUUUGGUUACGCUUAUCCGGCUUAUGAGUGCUAUAAGACUGUGGAGAAGAACAAGCCAGAGAUUGAGCAACUUCUGUUUUGGUGCCAAUACUGGAUAUUAGUUGCUAUGCUUACUGCGUUGGAGAGAUUUGGGGAUGCUUUAUUUUCAUGGGUACCAAUAUACAAUGAAGCCAAAUUGGCGUUGUUUAUAUAUCUCUGGUCUUCUAAGGAGAAAGGCACGGCCUAUCUUUAUAAUCGCUUCUUCCGAGACUUUGUGGCACAACAUGAGGCAGAAAUUGAUAGUAAGAUAUUGGAAUUCAGAGUUAAGACUAGGGAUUUUGCAAACCUAUCUUGUCAAAAGGCUCUGAAUUAUGGCCAAAAAGGUGUUUAUGAGAUUUUGGAGUAUGUUUCUUCUCAUCAGUCGGCGCCACUGCCUCAUUAUGAUCAGAAGCAAGAGAAGGGCACUGGAAAAGUAAUUGCUGCUGGUCAUUCUGAAGGUGAAGCAAGGGACCAAAGACCAACUGAAUCAGUAUCGUUGUCUGAAAAUGGAAUCCCAAUUCUUCCCAGCAGAAAACACUGGUUAAAGAAGCUCAUCAGAUGA